AUGGCCUCUACUGAGAAUCUUCUUCAAUAUUCUGACAUAACUACAAAUACGUUAGAAUCUGGCUAUCAUUCAGACAGCCACGAACUAGACAACGGCUCUUGGCAGAAACGGGCCAACAAGAAAAAGAAUUAUCAGCGACGUUUAGGUUUGGAAAACGAAGGUUUCGAACCUGACAGGGAGCAUGUUGAUACAGGCGCAAAACACCGGGUGCAAGUUCAUCGAGCUCUGAGCGAAAAAGCAAGUACAGUGCCAGAGGCUAAAACAAAUACAGUGCAAAGAAAAGAUAAACGUAGGCAUAGUUAUGCAGAGGGGACAACUGUCGAUAGAGCGAAUAUAACCGAUGGUGUAAUACAACGUGUAAGAACUCCAAGACGCCGUACAAGUAGCACGGAGAUUGAUUUAAGGCGAAGAGCUUGUUUAAACAGCUUGCGCCUUCGCCGAGUUUCAAGUUCGAGUCAGCAGCCUCUUUCAGAAAUCGACAAUAGUGCUGACGAUGAUGUCUUUUAUAUCGAUGAUUUCAGGAAAGAGACUCGCGGAAAUACAUCGAGAGAAGCAUUUAGCUACGAUGGCGAUGGGAGAGACAAAACCAGAGAGGAACGUAAGGAAAUUGCUAUGGAUAGAGUUUGCCGUGCUUUGGAAUUAGAAAACGUGACAUUGGACAAGUAUUCGAGGCGUUUAUCCUCCGCUUUGGAAAAUAGAGCUGCGCUGAAGGAAGAACUUAAUGUCUUGCGAAGAGCUGUCACAGUUCCUAGUUUGACUGCCGAAGAAAAAUUGAAAAAGGGACCAAAAAUCCACUUUCAAAACGAAAAACUGAAUUCUCUAAGGAGACAAAACAUUGAGAAAGGUAACAAAAACUAUUUGUUUGAACACCUGAGGAGAUCGCAAAUGGAGGAACGUAGGAAACUGCCCGACGUUCCGCGAGCUUCUCGCGUUGAUAACAAUGAAUUUUUUGACGAAUCACUAGAUGGAAUUGCAUGGAAAGCUGGAAAAUUGCAUCAACGCAGAGAUACUGAAGACUCGCUGUCUUUAAGCAGUGAUGAGUAUGAAUUGUUUGACGAAACCGCCAACGUGAUAUCCGAAGGAUUGCCUCAGCGAACGGGUAGUGAAGCCGAUCCGCUGGCUUUCAGCAGUGGCGAAUAUGAAAUGCUAAACGACACGCCCAAUGUUACCGGCCAGACGACCGCGGUCGAAAGGUUGACUCAGCAAAAAGUUACCGAAGAACCGCUACCUUUUAGCAGCAGCGAGUAUGAAGGAUUGCCUCCUCGAAAAGUAAUUCCUCAGCAUUUGGAACAAACGGGUGGAAUUGAUGGAUCUCACAGAGAAACAUCGUUGAAAACUAAAAAGAAAGGUGAAAGUUCGUUUGGCCGCAGUUUCAGUAAAGAAUCCCCCCUUUAUUUAACAGGAAAAGGUGGAAAUGAUAAUUAUUUUCUCAGUGAAGUUGAAAAGAAGAGAAGGGAAAAGAACAUCGCUGAUUUGGCUGCUGAUUUAUGGCAGAAACUAGUACAAGGAGAAAAAUUUCACGGUGACGAAAGCAGAACCCGUGAAACAUCAUUACCAGAUGAAAUAGUUAAAAAUAAAGCAACUGAAGAAGGAGAAAAUUCGAGUAAGAGUAAGGAGGAUCCAUUGUAUACAAAACCAAGAAUAAGGAAAAAGACAGAGAAAGAUCACAUGGGAGACUUAAUAGCGCACCGGAAUCAGGAAUCACGGACAAUGGCCACAAGUGAAGGGACAGCGCAUAGGCGAUCAGAAUCUGCAUCAGAUUUUGUAGGUACGAGUACAUUCAAGAGAAAUCAGAGGCGCCCGAUUCGUUACAGACGCAGCUCUAGCACUACAGAAUCAUUGAGUGCGAGCAAAAAGGGAAGCUUUUCACGACCAGGAUUGAGUUAUGCCGAGCAAGAGGGGACGCCGCAAGUUCAACAAGAAGAAACUGGCAUGCCUACUACAAUGAACCCGCAGGAGAAAUCAGAAAGGCUACCACCAGCGCAAGUGAGAAACUUUUUAUUUCAGGGUUCUACUGAGGCUGUGAGUCAAAACCAUAGUAAAUGGUUUGAUUACAUGUUGCCACCCGGAAAGCGGGGAUUUAAAAAAGAACGUUCUGGCUCUUUACCUGAUCAUUCCGCAGACUCAUAUUCACCAUCAACUUCAUUGUGUUUGACAGAAAAGCUGCGUUAUUAUCACGAUCUGCAAGAAAAGAGAACUCGAGAAGAGGAUUCGUUUGGUUUGGCUGACGCAUAUAUGGCUUCCCAAGACCCCGAAGGACAGAAAGAAUUGCGCAGUCAAGCCGCAGGUCGAGCAGCCAUUUUAAGACGAGAAGCCUCGCACCUGCUUUGGGAAGCGAUGAAUUUGGAGCGAAUUUGUGAUCCUAAUGCGAGAGUGAGGCACAUUUUCACGCCAUACUGA